CCCUGCGUGCGCCCUUCGCUUACAAACGCGACCCAUAGAAAGGGCCACGCCUUACGAACUUUGCCCAAGCGACACCUGUACCCCUCGCGUUACGCCAAUCUCAUGCGCAAGCCUUCUCGCGCGAGAUAAGCUAUGUGGCGCGCCUGAAUACAUUAGCUUCGAUGCCGUGACUCCGAACCUAUGCUUUGUAAUGACGACUCAUUUGCUGCUUGCAAACUCGUCGCGACCGCGUCACUACAAAAGAAGAGAACGAGAAGAUGAUCGCAUCGCGUAUCACGUUCCGUCUGCCAUUCCAUCCGAACUUUGCAUCGCGUCGCGUAGCAACACCAAAAUCCCGAGCCAACAAGCGCGUAAGAGGACCACGAUAACAUGAUCUCCACAGACUCUACUCCAACACUGGUAGCUGUCGAUGGCACUCGCGCCCUCGCGCUUUACUCUCACGGUCCGGAACCCAGUAGUACACACGAUCCGGUGGUUGUCUUCGUUUCUGGUGUCGCAAGCAGCAGCCUGAAUUGGGCAGCGGUGGUUCGACAGCUUUCGUCUUCGAUGCGCUGCUAUACUUAUGACCGCGCUGGUUAUCGCCACUCCGAUAUUUCCCCACAUCCACCAACAGCUCAAAACAUCGCGCAGGAUCUUCGACACCUUGUCGAGAACGCUCCCAUCACCAAUCCUCUCAUCCUUGUCGGGCAUUCCUGGGCUGGUGUACUCAUCAAUGAGUUCAUCGCCCUCACGGGAAACGGCAACCACAUCGCUGGCCUGGUCCUUGUCGACGCCAAUCAUGAGUCAAUGCCGCAGGUGCUAAACGUCAACGACCCCGAUUUGCAGGUUGUUUCUGAGGGCAUUGACCCAUACAUAGCCAAGGGUCUUGCGGAAGAGCAUAAGAUGACACAGGCCGAAUGGGAUGCGCUUAUGGCCGAUGAAUCGACCGAGAAGUACGCAACAAUCGCGCGCCUGGAGGAUGAGCAGUACGCUGCGAGCUUCGAGACGUUGCGGAGUAAGCGGCUAGAUCAACAGCAGCCGCUGCUUGGCGGAAAGCCAGUAUACGUGAUCGGCGGCAUGCGAAGCAGGGAUUGGAACGGGAUGUAUAAUGCUGGGAUUGCGAGAGGCAAUGGAAGCGAGGACCAGAGGACCAGAGUACGCGCAUUGAUUAGCACAGCCGACGAGAAGAGUGAGAGCAUCCAGAAGAGACAUCUCGAGCUUUCAACGAAGGGCAAGCUGGUAUUUGCGCGUGAGAGUGGCCACUUCGUGCAGAUGACCCAGCCUGAGCUCAUUGUCAAAGGAGUGGAAUGGGUUGUCAAUUGCUUGAACUGUAUGUAGCUAGCAGUGCAUUAUCGAGCGCUUCUCCGUUAAGUAGUGUCGCGCUAUGCUGCUUUGUGCUUACCUUGGAUCGCUUAGCUACAUGCACCUGUAUCUGCGGCCCGCCAUAUCUAGAAAGCCUUGGAGGUUAACCUCAACUCGGGUACGUGGUACAGUGGUUGGUAAGAUCUAUGUACGAACUGCCUGUGUAUCAAAGACUUGCUUCGUACAUGGAACUUCAGGCUUGAAAGUGCAAAGCUUAACAAAGUUUUCAAUAGUUAGUGGUGAACUCCCACAC